AUGAACAAUGCGGCUAAGCGUGCAUCUGGGGCGGAUGUGCCGAUGGAUGGACCCGUUAGCAUUACCAAUCAUCGGUCAUAUGGGCCAUUCAUGUUAAUCCGUGCUGGUGCAUCAUCGUCAUAUAUAGUGUCGAAUGGCGCCAUAGCAAAAGAAAUUUUUAAGACUAAUGAUGUCAUUUUUGCUGCUAGGCCAGAAUUUGGCUCUUCAGAAUACCAAAUUUACAAAGACACCUUGUUUUCCACUUUGGAUUAUAGCAAGUACUGGAUUUUUAUGAAGAAAAUUUGUAUGACAGAGAUUCUCUCCCCUCAGCAGAUUACUAAAUUUGCUGAUGUUAGGAAGGAGGAAAUGAUGAAAUUGUUGGAAUUUUUCGCCGAGUGUUCAGAACAAAGGGAGGCUUGUGAUGUUGGAGUUCAACUUAUGGCUAUGACAAAUAAUCUUAUUUGUAGGCUGACUAUGAGCACAAGAACCUCAACUAAUGUCAAUGAGAGCGCGGAGAUAAGAGAAAUCGCUAAGGGAAUAACAUUACUUUCAGGGCAAUUGAGCUUAGGUGAAGUGUUUGGUCCUUUGAAGAAAUAUGAUCUCCUUGGAGCUGGAAGAAAGGUCAAAGCUUUGUUGCUUAGGUUUGAUAAGUUUAUGGAUGGGAUCAUCGAGAAACACGAAGAGGAAAGGCGCGCUGGAAGUAAAGACAGGAAAGAUAUGAUGGAUAUUUUUCUGGAAAUUGCAGAUGAUAAAAGUACUGAGAUGAAGCUCACUAGAAAUGGCAUCAAGGGUCUUUUCUUGGAUCUGUUCUUGGGAGGAACUGAUACAACAAGUGUUGCUUUGCAAUGGGCACUAGCGGAGCUUCUGAACCAUCCAAAGGCAAUGAAGAAACUCCAAGAAGAGAUUGACAGAAAAGUUGGAUUAAACAGACUGGUUGAGGAUUCAGAUAUACAAAAUCUUCCUUAUCUGCUAGCUGUUGUCAAGGAAACUCUAAGAUUGCAUCCUUCAUUGCCCUUAGUAUUCCGAAAAUGUAGGGAAGAUUGUGUGAUCAAUGGUUACAAAAUAUUUAAAGAUUCUAGGCUUGUAGUCAACCUUUACGCGGUUAAUAGGGACUCAAAUGCAUGGGCUGAUGCAGAUGAGUUUAUACCAGAGAGAUAUUUUAACUUGAACGAGAACCUCGCGAUCGAGCCUGAUGAAUUGGAGGCUAUUAAAGAUGGCCAGAACUUCUGUUAUGUGCCAUUUGGUGGAGGAAGGAGAGGAUGCCCAGGUGCUGGACUUGCAGCAGCAGUGUUGCAUAGGACACUUGGUGCAAUGAUCCAAUGUUUUGAUUGGAAAAUUAAAGGUGCAGAUGAGACACUUAAUAUGGAACAAGGAGCUGGAUUUUCUGCUGCCAUGGUUUAUCCUUUGGUUUGUUAUCCUGUUAUGCGUGUUAAAAAGUACAGCCCGGUGCACAAAGCAUUCCGUGUUCGCACAGGGUCAGGGAAGGGCUGCAUUGCAGUACCUUCAUACCUUUGCCCCACUAUCUUAAGGUUAUCCCGAGCCACUUUAUUAAAGCAAACUUUUGCUCGUCGUCUGUGUCUUUAGUCAAAGCUAUUUCUUUUAUAUACACCA